AUGGUAAAUAAUAAAAGAAAAGAAAUCGAUAAUAUUAAUGAACAUCAUGAAAAAGACUAUAAUCAUGAUAAUGGCAAUCAACAAGAAAAAAAAAAAGAAGAACAACCACAACAACAACAAAAAAAACAAUGUAUAUUAUCAUUUAAAGAUGUUGAACCAGUUGAAAUUUAUUUUUGGAAAGUUUUUAGAAAUAUAUUUAUAUUUAAACACAUAUUUUCAAAUUUUAAAAGUAAACAAUAUGGUUAUUAUGAUUUAAUAGGUUGUGAUGAAAUCUUUUUUUUAAAUGGCAGAACUAAUUCAAUGGAAAUAAUUAUAGAUAAUAUUAAAAGCAAUAAUAAUCAUCAAAUAAUAAGAAAUGAAAGCAAUAUUAUAGACAUUAUUCAUACAUUUAAAAAAAAUGAUGAAAAAACAAGAUCAUUUUAUAAUUUAUUAUUUUCAAGAUAUUCGUCAGGAUCAACUUCACCAAUACAACUAUCUUCAACUAUUCGAUUCGAUGAAAAUAUUGAUAAAUGGAUUCAAAGAAUGAUUAAAAAUGUAAAUUGUACAGCACUGGAUCAAUUUAUUAAAUUUUUUAAAAUCGAUUCAGAAGCUAUUAAAAAAGUUAUGGAAAUUCAUAUUAAACCAUCAUUCUUUGGUUAUACUACAUAUGGUAAAUUAAAAAUUUACAAUUACUUAAAAUCAAUUAAUAGUCUUCCAACAUCACAUAAAUUACUACCAUUCAUUAAUACCGAUUUAGAAAUAUUUCUUUCAUUCGAUAAUAAAUUUAAAAAAUUUAUAAAAUCAUAUAAAAGAUUAAUAGAAUCAACAAACUUACAAGAACAACAAGAACAACAAGAAAAACAAGGAAAAUUGAAAAUACAUCCUAAUAAUAAAAAGUAUUAUGAAAAAUUAAAUCAAAAAAUAUUAGAAUUAAAUGAAAUACAAACAUCACAGUUUACAAAUGAUCAAUUAAAUUCAACAAUUAAAAAUUUAUUAAAUCAUACCACUCCAACCUCAACUUCAAUAACAACAACCACAACAACAACCACAACCAAUCUUACAAUAAUAUCUACAGAAAGCAACUACAACAACAAUAACAAUCACAAUCACAACAACAUCAACAGCAACAAUAAAAUUAAUUUAAAAGAUAUUAUUAAAAAAUAUUAUGAAUCAAUUUAUUUAUUUUUUUAUUUUACAGUUAAACCUGAAAAUAAAGGGGUUUUUAGAAAAGGAUUAUUUUAUUAUUUAAAAUUUAAAAAAGAAAGUGUAGAUAAAAUGUAUGAGCGUGUUGUCAAUAAAUGGAAUGGCAGUAGUUUCGAUCAUAAAUUAUUUUUUCAAAGCAUAUUAAAAGAUAUAAACAUUGAAAAAAAUGAAAAAUUCGAAUUAAUAUUAAAUGUUUUAGAUAAUAAAUAUGUGAAAACUUUUAGGGAAUAUGAUCAUUAUAUAUUUUUUAAAGCAGUAUUUUCAAGUAAUGAUAUAGAGUUAAUAGAUUAUUUUUUAAAAAAAAUAAAACAAUUACAACUUAAUCAAAUACCAGAAAUAACAAAAUAUCCAAGCAUUGGUAAAUUAAUAUGCGAUUAUUGUCAUCUUAUCGAUAAAAAAGAAAUAUUAGACUUUUAUUUUCAAAAUUACAGAGAUGAAUGUUUAUUAUUUAAUGAUCAAAAUGAAAAUUGCAAAUAUAUUCAAUUAGAACUUAUUGAACAUUAUGAAUAUUUAACGGGUAGUAUUGGAAACAGAUGCAAAUUAGAUUUUAUUUAUUGGUAUAAAAAUUUAAAUUUCUUAGAUCGAUUAAAUAGAGCAAUUAUGAAACCAUUGGUAUAUUCUAUUGAUUUUGGUGGUAGUAGUAGUGAUUUUAAAUGGUUAAUUGAUUCGAAUAUAAAUAACAACAAAGAAAAUUCAAUUAUUAACUUUUUAUCAAAUGCACAAUUUAAACAACCAUUGGAUUUGGAAAUUUUAGGAUCUAGUUUUAGUCCAUAUGCAGCCAAAUUGUUAACUUUAAUCAAGUUUUUAUUUAAUAAUAUUUCAAAAGAAUCAAUCGAAACAAAGUUAAAAGUAAUUAAUUUAAAAACUGAUAAUAAAAACUUUGAAGAAAAAUAUAGUAAAAUUGAAUUCACCACUACAUUGACAACCGCAACAAAUCUUUUAUCACCUAAAAAAAGUGAAGAUGUUGGAUGUUUAACUAUUGGUAAAACAGAAUCAUUCAAUUUUACAAUUUCAAUUACAACGUUAUUAGUUUGUCUUUACAAACUAGAUAGAGUUGAUGAUAUUAUUUAUCUUUUUGAUAAAUUACCAGAAGUUUUUUUAAAAUCUUAUUAUUCUUCAAUUUUUACAAAAGAAUAUUGUAUAUAUAGUAUAUCGUCAAGUUAUUACCUUGAAUUAUUUAUCAAUUAUUUUAUUGCAAAUCUAAAUGAUACAACCAAUUAUCUUUAUCAUUGUCUUUGUAUUGCAUCUGAAAAAGGUUACACUCAAAUAUUUAAAAACAUAAUAUCAUCCGAUCAAAACAGUAAAUAUUUAUUAAAAAUUCAAACUGAAUCAAAUCAAUCAUCAUUAUUUGAUUCAAAACUAUUAAAUGACAUAGUUGAUAAAUCAAUAAGUUCAUUAAAUUUUGAAUUGUCAAAUCUAUUAAUAGAUUUUAUUGAUUUCUCAGCAAACGGUCAAAAUACUUUAAAAAUGAAAAUAUUAAAAUUAAAAUAA